AUGAUAGACGUUAAGAAAGAGGCUCUGGAAAAUUCCUCUAUUGGGAAAGUGAUAGGGGAUGUCGAUGCGAAUGUCAAGGAUGGUAGCGAUGCUUCGACUCCGGUUGAGAAGAAGAAGAAGCAGAGAAAGACUAGAUCUACAGCUGGAUGUUUCACUUGUAGGCUGAAACGGAUGAAAUGUGAUGAGAAGAGGCCGAUUUGUAGCAGGUGUAAUCGCAAUAUGCUGACUUGUAUAUGGCCGAAAGAGGGAAAUGGUAGGUUAACGAAAGAAAUGCGCCGAUCGAUGAAGGAGACGAUAGAGCCGUAUGCUGGCAUGGAUCCCAACAAGGCGCAUUUUGUGGUUGCUGUUGAAGAGGAUGGGAAGCUACAAAUCACCACUGAAGAUACGGAGCGACACAGUACUGGGAAAUCAAAGACCAAAGUAAACUUUACCGGUGCAGGCACGAGUAAAGAUGUGAAAAGCUUAGAUAAGAUAGUCAUUAAGAGUCCAAUUGUGGUUCAUGCGGAUUCGACAGAUUUCAAGCAGGUUUCCCCAGACAAGCCUGGGACUGCGUCGAUCGAUUUCGUGAACUACAGUUACGAAUCCAAGGACAAAGACUUUGUUAAGUUGGAAAGAGAUAAAACCACAUCCACGUUGUCCAGUAGCGAAGAAGAUUCGAUCAACGAUGCGUUUUUCUCGACACUACUUGAGAACAUGCCUGGUGCAGCAUCAGAUACCAGAGUAGUGUCUAGAGCCACUGCGAACAACCUGCAACAGUUCAAUGUGAUUGGAUCCGAUCCCGACUUCUUUUGGGGUAAAGUCUUUGACAUGAAUUUCACCAAGCCGCUGAUGACCCCAAACUUCAAUAUCAUCUCGCCACUGCCAUCAAUGGCUACGUUGCCUGCGGCAGACGACACCUCGAUGCAGCCGGACUCGUUGUUACUGAGCCAAUUUGGAGAAAAGGAUUGUUACGUGCUGGAUAAUGAACAAACAGGUGAGAUAUACCUAAACCUUUUACAAAACUUCAAAGACUGGUCCAAGCUGAAUGACGACGACGAUGACUUGUUGUCUAUCGCGAACAUUUUGUCCAAGUACGCCUUUACAGAGAAGGAGCUGUUGCUGUACUUCACCUGUGUGCACUAUUUCUUCCCAGCGAUCGGCCCGCAACCGACGUUGCCGCAGUUAACCACCACGGAGACCUUCUUGCCGCUCAUCAAGCAGCACGCAGUGGUGAAAGACGUGUUCUUGUGCUGCGGCGCGACUUUCUUGGAAUGGUGUCAACCAAGCAAAUACAGCGACGUUGCUGAAGAGCUGUAUCAGAAGAGCCGCACCAAAUUGAAGCAAAUGACCAAAGAGGGCACCAUCAAGGGAGAUGAGACGUGGGCGUUUGCCUGCUUCCAGCUCCUGUGUCUCACGGACAAGUUCAGAAAGGGGUCCGGAACCUCAAUGACCGACCGGUGUGUCGACAACCUGGCGCACUCUUUCAACAUCAUCAAGAAGAAGAUCAAGCUCAUACAGACCCAGGGCUCCACGGCCACGGACCGGAUGCUCAUCGAGAGCUUCAUGUACAACUACACCGUCUCGCUGUUGGUGGCACGUGACCUGUCCAAGCUCCCAUCUCCCUUCAGCAAGAACUUCUACGAGCUCACCAAGAUAUUGAAGUCGCCGCUAUUCGACGGCUGCGACGUGAACUGGAUCAACAACCCGAUCCUGGGCUCGAGUGUCGAGGCCUUCGAGAUGUUGGCGAAAGUGUCCUAUCUGAGCAGGUUUCCGCUACCGCUAAGAGAAACAGAGUGGAUAGAGCGAGGCAAGCGACUACUAGAAGAAUGUCUCUACUACACGCCUCCAAGCCUGCCAGACGAAGUCAAGAACGACCCGCAAAAGUACGCUACCUACAGGCCCAGUCUCUUGUGCGGUUCCAUUAUCAGCAAGGCGUGCUACCUCCUACUAAGCAAGAUCCUUCGUUUUACAGAGUUCAAGAUAGACGAUUUCGAGAUCCAAGGCGUUGUCAAGUACACCAUCAAGAGUCUGUGUGCUGUCGAAAAGGGCAACCCGCUUCUCUGUAUUCUACUCUGGUCGCUACUAAUCAUUGGCGCUUUCACUAUAGAUAUGGAAGACAGGCUCGUGAUAAAAGAGUACUUGCGCAGCGCUUCAGAAACAAUCCAUACGUACGGCGCUCUGAAGAUAGCCGAUUUCUUGGACCUGAUCUGGCAGCAGAAAAAUAUCGACUUGCUCUUUGUCAGGGAAAACCUGAGCCAGGUCGUAAUAUGA